AUGGCUCAACCCAGCAACUACUGGGAACACUAUGUGCCACCAUUUGCCAUCUUAAUUUUGACAGUUAUAGCCACAGAGUGCAUCAUUGGUAUCAUUGCAAAUGGGAUCAUCAUGGCUGUGAACAUGGUCUCUUGGGUUCAGAAAAAGGCAAUUUCCAUAAAUACUAGGAUUCUGCUUCUCCUGAGUAUAUCCAGAAUAGGCUUCCAAAGCAUCAUCUUGGUAGAAACAACCUUCUCCACAUUCAAAGGUUUUUUUUACAACACUGUUUCCUGUAUUAUCUUCAGAGUAAGUUUCGUUUUCUUUAAUUAUUGUGGCCUCUGGUUCGCUGCUUUGCUUAGUUUCUUCCACUUUGUGAAGAUUGCCAAUUUUUCUUACCCCCUAUUCCUCAAGCUAAAAUGGAGAAUUUCUGAAUUAAUGCCCUGGCUUCUGUGGCUCUCGGUGUUUAUUUCAUUCAGCUCCAGCAUGUUCUUCUGCAAGGACACCUACAUUGUGUAUAACAACAAUUCUGUAAGUUUCAACAUAUCCAACUUGACACUAAAAUGGUACCGCGUUGAGAUCAAUGUGGUCAGUGUUGCUUUUUUAUUCAGUUUGGGAAUCCUCCCUCCUCUGAUCAUGGACAUUGCAGCAGCCACUCUGCUGAUUUUCUCUCUCAGGAAACACACCCUGCACAUGAGAAACAGCGUCACCGGCUCCAGAGACCUCGGCACAGAGUCUCACAUGCGGGCCAUCAAAGAAACCAGCUGCUUUCUCUUACUCUAUAUCUCAAAUGCAGCUGCUCUGUUUGUGUACAUGUCCAACAUAGUCAACAGUUUCUUCUGGAGUAUUUUGCUUAGAAUCAUCCUGCCCUCCUACCCAGCUGGCCAUUCAGUUUUAUUGAUUCAAAACAACCCUGGAUUAAGAAGAGCCUGGAAGCCGCUUCAGUCUCAAAUGCAUCUGUACUUACAAAGUAGAUUCUGA